AUGUAUUUCCUUACUGUCUCCUCCAGAGAAGACAAAAAAAAUCGUCUAAAAAGAAAAGCAAGUGAUAAGAAAACAAGGUACUGGCUAAUGGGAUUAGCCACAGUCGGUGGUGGGAUUGCUGUAGCUGUUACCGGAGGCCUAGCUGCACCUUUGAUUGCGGCUGGAACCGGCGCUAUACUAGGAACAGCCAGUGCAACAGCAUUAAGUUCCACGGUCGGUUUGGCAGUCAUUUCCUCUCUAUUUGGGGCGGCAGGUGCUGGACUAACAGGUUAUAGAAUGAAUCGAAGAUAUGGUAAUCUUGAACAAUUUCAAUUCGCUAUCUUAACUAAUGGUAGAGAGCCACAUUUAACUAUAGCUAUAUCAGGCUGGUUGCUUAACAGCUCCGAAAGCGACUUCCACAAACCCUGGUCGACAUUAUACAAUAGUAAAGAGCAAUAUACUUUGAUAUGGGAAACCGAGUACUUAAACGAAUUAGGAUCAUGUUUAAGCAAGCUAUUUUAUAGCACUUUAAUCUCUGAAGCUUCUAUAGAGCUUUUAAAGCAGACUGCUCUAGCUGGUGUAAUGGCUGCGGCUGCCUUACCAGCCAUAAUAUUAAAAGUUGGUUCUGUAAUUGAUAACCCCUGGAGUGUAUGUUGUAGCCGAGCAAUUCAAGCGGGAAAACAAUUAGCUGACGUAUUACUGACAAGAAAGGCUGGUAAAAGACCCAUAACUUUAAUUGGUUUUAGCUUAGGUGCUAGAGUAAUAUACUAUUGUUUGGAAGAAAUGAGAAAUCACAGCGACUGUAAGGGGAUAAUCGAGAAUGUUAUCUUACUUGGUACACCUGUCACUGGAUCUACCAAGCAGUGGAACGAGAUUGCCGAACUUGUAGCUGGUAAGGUUGUCAAUGGAUAUUGUCGCAACGAUUGGAUAUUGCAUGUUAUUUAUCGCGCUAGCAGUACGAAUUUAGCAAUAGCUGGCCUUUCCCCCAUUGAAUCUACAAAUAGUAAAAUUAUCAACGUAGACUUAUCGAAGCAUGUCUCUGGCCACUUAGAUUACGCUGCAAAAAUGGAGUUGAUCUUGGAAACAGUAAACGUACGCACUGUUAAUCGUUAUCAUGAGGAAAAAAUAAAAUAUGAGAAACAAGUACAAGAACAGUGA